AUGGCCGCCGAGCAUUUUCCCUUGUUUAAGUUGGCGACGCAGAUAGCACGCCAGCUUAGUUCACCAGUGGCCAGUCGAAUUAAGGUUUAUGCGAAGUCACAUCCCCGCUUCAGCAUCGCCGUAUGUGAACGAGUUGCGAUAAUAUAUCAUGAAGCAGAGUGGCGCGCGCGCAUCACAGCUUUGCGUCUUGCAGGAACCGCAUCACCCGCAUUGGUGGCUUCGCGUGCCCCGCCAAUGCCACGCCGACAAGCCCUCGAGCUCGGAGGAGAUCUUAUCGGUGAAAUUGUGAUAUUCUUCAUUGGUUCGAUGAUAGUAAUAUUCGAAGUAAACCGCCAAGCAGCAAUCAAGGAGGCUAAGGCGUUAGAACACAAGUCGGAAUGGUUGUGUGUUAAGCUGUCUCUAGAGGAAGUGCAACGGGAAGUGCAGGCACAGCAGGUCGACCUGAACCGCCUGCAUGCUGCUCUUAAGGCCCUGUAUGAACCAAAUCCACCCGCUCCUAGCAGUCCAAACACAUAA